GCCAAGGAAGUGAGGUCACAUAAUAUGGCGGCUGGGGCUUAGCUGCGCUGAGGGAGGAUCCGGGUCUCGGGGAAUCUGCGUCCAUCCUCCCCACCCGGGGUGCGCUGUCGCCCCCGAAUCCCUCCGGCGUCGAGAGGCGGGGCUAAGGGCCGCGAUGGUCUCUGGCGUCGCCCUGCUCUGAGUCAGGGUCCCUCGCGACUGGGUCCGGGUCCUGCCGAGCCGCCUCGAUGGAGUUGAGAGUCGGGAACCGGUACCGGCUUGGCCGGAAGAUCGGGAGCGGCUCCUUCGGGGACAUUUACCUCGGGACUGACAUUGCUGCUGGAGAAGAGGUUGCCAUCAAAUUGGAAUGUGUGAAAACCAAACAUCCUCAACUCCAUAUAGAAAGCAAGAUUUACAAAAUGAUGCAGGGUGGAGUGGGCAUUCCCACAAUCAAAUGGUGCGGUGCUGAAGGUGACUACAAUGUAAUGGUGAUGGAGUUGUUGGGACCAAGCCUUGAAGAUCUCUUUAACUUCUGUUCAAGAAAAUUCAGCCUCAAGACAGUCCUUUUACUUGCUGACCAAAUGAUUAGCCGAAUAGAAUACAUUCAUUCGAAGAACUUCAUCCACCGAGAUGUAAAGCCUGACAACUUCCUGAUGGGAUUAGGCAAGAAGGGCAAUCUUGUCUACAUCAUAGAUUUUGGGCUGGCCAAGAAAUAUCGGGAUGCUCGAACGCACCAGCACAUUCCAUAUCGUGAAAAUAAAAAUUUAACAGGAACUGCCCGCUAUGCCUCUAUCAACACUCAUCUUGGAAUUGAACAAUCUCGCAGAGAUGACUUGGAGUCCUUGGGCUAUGUACUCAUGUAUUUUAACCUGGGCUCCCUCCCCUGGCAGGGAUUGAAGGCAGCUACAAAAAGGCAGAAAUAUGAACGCAUCAGUGAAAAGAAAAUGUCCACACCCAUUGAGGUUUUGUGUAAAGGAUACCCUUCUGAAUUUGCUACAUACCUGAAUUUUUGCCGCUCGUUGCGUUUUGAUGACAAACCGGAUUAUUCAUAUCUAAGGCAAUUAUUCAGAAACCUCUUCCACAGACAAGGCUUCUCCUAUGACUAUGUAUUUGACUGGAACAUGCUGAAAUUUGGUGCAAGCCGUGCAGUCGAAGAUGCUGAGCGUGAACGAAGAGAGAGAGAAGAAAGACUGAGACACACACGAAAUCCUGCAGUUCGUGGCUUACCUUCCACUGCCUCUGGAAGGCUGAGGGGGACACAAGAUGUAGCUCCACCAACCCCUCUUACCCCAACUUCACAUACAGCAAACACAUCUCCUCGGCCAGUGUCUGGAAUGGAGAGAGAACGGAAAGUGAGUAUGCGAUUGCAUCGUGGGGCCCCUGUCAAUAUCUCCUCGUCUGAUUUAACAGGCCGACAAGAUACCUCACGCAUGUCAACCUCACAGAAUAGCAUUCCUUUCGAACACCAUGGCAAGUAGCUGCUCGUCUCCUUCUCGUUGGAAAGCAGCACUGGAUUCCUGCUCUGGCGACGACCAGUAUUCUCCAGUCUGCUGUGCAUCGGUGAAAUGUUGCCAUUGAGGGGCAGAUAAUGCAUGGCUGAUCUCCUGUUACCAAUGGCUUUUACUAGCAAAACUACCCCAAACUAGAGCAGAAGAAAUAACACAACUGGAUCUCUCUUGCUACUUAAAGAUACUCGCAGGAACAUGGACAGAAUCCAGCAGUUGCCACUACAAGAGGCUUUGACCAGAAACCUGAUAACCUUAUGUGAACUCUAGCAACACAGCUGGAAAAGGAAGAGACGGUUUACAGCAUUAACCGCCUGUUAUUUAAUAGCCAUUUCAGUUCUCCCUCCACAGGCGGCAGCCUUUCCCCCCUUUUUAUUGUUCUACUGUAACUAUGAAUCUUUUACUUGGUUUAAGAAAGUUUUGUAUUCAUUUUGCUAAGAUUCUUGGCUUAACUCUCUGUAAAAACAAAAAAUCAAUCUCGUUUUUGUCUGAUUUGGAACCUAUGUAGAAAUGUGAACAAUCCUGAAGUUUAAAACAAAAUAAAAACAAGACUUGAAACUUCUUGUAAACUUAAGUCAGGCAGGGAAUGUGUAAAUGAAUUUGAACAGUCUGCUUUUAUUUUACACUGUUUACUUUUGUAUGGUCCCAUUCUACAGAGGAGUAUUCUCAAUAUUUUUUUUAAUACAUUUUUAUUAUCUUUGCUUUUGGCUGUCUUGUUCUUCCAGGGUUUUUUUAUUUUUUUUAAAGUUCAGUCACCAUGCAGCAUAAACAUAUUUUUAUUCCAAUGUUUAUUCGUCUCUAGUACUGUCCAAGAAAGAGCAGAAGAUAAUUUUAAAGAGAAGUAGCCAAACCCAGUAGAGGUGAUAAGAUCACUUCAUAGACUCUGAAGAACAAAAGUCAAAGCUCUAAAAUAACCUGUUCAGGAAGGUUUUAUUAAGUGAAUGUAAAAUGUAUUCAUAGAGCAGGGUUCCAUGUGAGUGACAGGAUCCAUGAUUUCUGCUUGGUUUUUGGUACAGAUGCCAAUAAAAUCUGAAUGCUGUCACUGCGGUGUGAGCAGCGUUGUAGUAGGUGUGCUUCUCUUGAAUACGCGGAGAACGACAAGUGCUUAGAGCUUGCUGCAUUAUGCCAAGGCUCCGAGCUAUAAACAAAAUGUUCCUGCUGCGAGAUGCCAAGAGAACAUUCAAGCUUGUUGAAUUCUUUAAUAUUAAAGUGUGCAAGUCUGGAACAACUGGCCUUCAGCUGAUGAUAUACUUAAGUAAUGGCCAAAACACUUAUCUUAGCAAAUGAGUGUGCCAGCUAUAAAUAUGGAAGAACCUUUGUUUUCAUGAGCAAUAUAUUUAUCCCAUUGUAAUCUGGGAAAGUAGAAGGCAUGUGAAUCAUACCAAAUACCACUCAAAGUACCAUCAGUCCCACCUGGGGAAUGAAGAUGCAAUACAUAGAUAUGUUGUGUUACUACUUUUUAAUCAACAAAUGUGAGAUUCAUGCUUCCUUGGAAACUUGGUGGCUAAUAGAACUCCAUGGUUUUAUUUUGCUCUUAAUUUGCAAAAUUUUUUAUUGUUUUAAAGCUUUGCCAGUUCCUUUUUAGUUUUGUGGAUAUGAACAAUCUUGUCGCUUUCCUUUAGCUAUGUUAGAACAUUAACCAAGUGCUUAUUUGUAUUUUAAAAGUCUUGAUUUGAUGCAACCCACAAUUGGGGAAGUGCAAUGGGAAUGUUUUUAAAUGUUGGUCCAUGGAGAAUUUUGCAUAACUGUAUCACUUGGUUACUGUGGAUGUUGGUUCUUUAGGCAUGUGCACUUCCAUUUUGUACAGUUCUACACUUCUGUGUGCUUUCUUUGUAAAUACUUGUGGUCAAAUGAUGUAAUGUUAGAGACUUAUAAAGGCAGCCUCUUCUUCUCUAUAUAUAUCUGGAACCUUCAAUUGCUGUACUAUACUUAAAAAGUUGACUGAUGCAAAUUUCUAGACUUGUACUUGGUUGUGGGCAGUCUGCGCCCUUCCAUUAUAGUUAAAUCCCACCAUCACCUACUGAAAAUAUAGUUAGAAUGUCUCUCUAAACCUGUGUACUGGUAUCAAGUUAUCUCGGAACACCUCAUUUGUAUUACCACUGUAUUUGUGUACUUUAAUAAUUGUGUAAAUAAAUUCAUAAGGACUUCUA